GGGCAAAGGUCAGUGGGCAAAAAGAUUUCUCCUGUGGAAGCUUUGCCAUUUUAUUCUGGAAGGGCUGUCUUUCUCAUGGACUUCUGCUCACAUCUCAUGGACAAGAACACUGUUGCACAGCCCCCCUGAUUACGAGGGAGUCGAGUGAUCUUAGGUUUAGCUCUUACAGUCCUUAGAACAGAGGCAGGCAGGGCAGAGAACAGAGGCAGGCAGGGGCAGAGGGGACCGACAGGGAGUGGGAGCUCUCAGGCAGCCGGCGGGGCCUGCUCUGGCACCUUCAGGAUGAGGACGGCCUGGAUUUCCAUUCACUGCGUGCUCAUGUUGGCCCUUCCCUGUAGAAACUUACUUUGUAGGAGUGACUUAAGGCUAAAAAUUGAAUUUCAUGUAAGUAAAUUUAAACCCCAGAUGUGUCAUUGUGAGUUUUCAAGUUUAGUUUAUCUGAUGAGCGCAAGGCCCAGCAUUGCGCCUCACUGUCUAGACCGAGUUUGGAAUAAGAAGCAGCAGCCAUCCACGCGGGGUCGUCUGCAGGCUCCCUCUGGGAGUGCUGAGGAAUGACAUGGAUGGUGACAGUGUUCACCAGAGGUUGCGUCUGGGAGCUGCAGAUGAGCGGCUUUGUCCAUGGCCCUGCUCACAUCCACGGCUGCUGCCUCCCUGGCUGGCUUCACCUUUGCCCCUGCCUAGAGUAGUCUCAAGUCAGGGUGUAGAUGCUGGAGGGACCAAGGUACAUAAUCCAACUGGAAAAGCAAGCAGGAGUCUUCCCGAUUCUCCAGGUGGGAGGAUUCCCGAGUCUCGAGCUGGAGUCCUGGGAGGCACAGCCAUUGUCAGGUGCCACCUGCAGACACGGGUGGAUGGGUCGGGGAAGCAGGGCCUCCUCUGCCUGCAGUGGCUGCAGGACUUGCUACCCUCUUUAACGAGUCACCCUCCUUUAACGAGGAGGCAUCACCCUCUUUAACGCAUCACACCUAGUUUAUUUUCACCUUUUCAUCUGCCAUCGUCUGUUCCUAACUUCCUGUUCCUCUUCUCAAGGCUGGGGGAGGUGGCUGGAUGCAAAGACGGCUCCAGGGCCUGCCGCAUCCUGCCUCCUCCUUCCAGCUCUCUCCCCUCUCCUUCCUGCCCAACCUUCCUCUUGAAAAUGCCCUGAGCCCUUUUCCUGUGCCUUUUGCAGCCAUCUGCCUGCAGAGGGGCUGCUGAUGAGGAAGAGAUGGUCCCUUCCCUGCCUGCCCUCCCAUGCUCACUCUGGGUAUCCACCCCAUCAACCCUCCAGGGACCCUUCUUUUUCUCCCACGAUAUGUUAGGGGAAGAAGCACAUAUUUUAAGGUGCUCUCUGGGCAGUCUCUUUAUGCCCCAGCAUUUAUUAAUUUGCAGCCACACACAGCCUGGAGUGUCAGAGUCCCAAAGGGAUGUUAACACAGUCGUCCACUGAUUUAAUCAAAAGCAGCAGCUGGAGCCUGGGGUGCGGUCGAGUUAUGAAAUUAAGACACUGUGCAACACACAGGAUGGGCCUUUUAUGCAAACUGUUGGUCUGACCACUUAAAAGUUUGGGAUGAGAGUGAAAAUUGAAUGUUCAUCCUCAGACGUGUAUCAUGCCCCACUGUGAAACUAAUUGCAUUUCAGUAGCACGUGGAGGCCAUUAUCAAUGCUAUUAUUAAUAACCAUUUAUUAACUGUGCACAGUGUGCAACCAGAGAGCUUGCUCAGCACAGAGCCCUUCCAUACAGAAACUGGGCGUACACAGGAUCGAUUUGGACCUGUUUUUUAUUGCUGCUCUUGUUAAGCUUAAAUAGUCUUUUGUUUGUACAAAUGUUAUUUUUGUGCAGCAAGCAAGCAAAAGCAGAUAGUGAGUGUACUUAACACUGCUGUUUCGCACGCUUGUUUUUCAUGGUGAAAAAUGUGAAUGGUGCAGAGCAUUCCAGACCCAGCCUCAGUGUUUCUAACCACGGACAUCCGCAAACCAGAUGCCUUCUGUGCGUAUAUUCAGGAAGCCCAUCCUGGUCUCCAUUCCCCAAAGCUGCUCUCCUGCUUGACUUCAGCCACACCCUUCUGCCACCCUCCUCCUCUGCCUGCUAGCCCUUCGGCUCUCCAGGGAAUGCAGCUCAUGGCUUGUCCCCCCAUUGAUCCUCCUUCACCUCCUGCCUGUGUCUCCCGUGCCUGACGACGAGCUCACCUUCCUGCCUCACUGUGAGUGCCUGCUCUGCCAUCCCUGCAGAUGCCGUGAGUUUCCUCUGCCCUCCGCUGUGCCUCAUGGCACAGCCCAUCAUAGCACUUUGCUUGCCUGGAGAUCUGCGAGCCUUCUCAGGGGAAGGAGGGGGCUUUUCCCCCUUGGCCUCACUGUAUUCAUUGAAGUGCAUGAAAUUGGAUUACUCUCCAGCAUUGCCUGAGUCCAGUGUUGAGAGAAAGGUAGGUGAACUCCAUCCAUGGGUACAAGGGAAACUCUUUGGAAGUGUGUUUGUAGACUACUCUGUCUGGUAUUUUCAUUGGUAUUUGGUCCAGCGCUUGCCAUAAUCCUCUGUGCUCCCUGCCACUUUACUGAGAGCAAUGCAAUCCCUCCCAAAGUCCCCCACACUGGGCACCCUAGAAGCGUCAUUCCCAAUGUGAGUAAUGAGCACUUCCAACCCACCAGAGAAAUAUUGCCCUCAAGAUGAAGGGGGGGCCAGGUGUCUGUGGCUAAAGAGACCCCUCCCUGCCCACAGUACCAUUUCCAUGGCUUUGGGGGGAAAGUAUGGGACCAUGGCUUGCUCAUAGGCUAGGGAAGGUGCUGGGAGCAUGGGUCCUUUUGACCCCUUGGUCUCUGACAGUCAGGAGAUCUUGACUCCAUUCGACACCUGUCCUGGAGGAGGCAGUGCCCUGUCUCCUCCUGUCCCUCUCUAGGUGCCGCUGGUGGGUACGGCAGGCCCCAUGGGUGAUGCCAUCCUGCUCGCCAUAGGAGGAGUGGACAAAAGCUGUGCUGCAGCCGUGCUGAGGGUGUGCCGGCUGUGUUGCUGUGGGGUGACCAUUCAGGUCCUGCAGAGGAGCGAGGGGCUGUGCCCAGAGAUGCCAUGAUACCUUUUGUCCUCAGGAACUCCCUGGAAUGCGAUGGCUCAGGUCGGAAAUUCUUCCCCCAAAGGAGCCGAAGUGAUCACCGGCCGGUAUAUGAGCACGGUGCAUCAUUGAGUUCGCUGGGCCUGAGUGUCCUUGCUGACAGACCUCCCUGCUGUUGACCCAGUGUCACCCCAACAUUGAUCCUGUAAAAUGAAACCCAGGCAGCAGCAGCAGCAGCAGCAAGGAGCUUCCUUUGCCUCUUUGUCAGACAUGGCCUCCGAGUCUGUCUCCUCCCCUUCCCUCCCUCCCUCCCACCAGUUGCUGAUAUUAUUUUAGGGUUCUAGCCAUGAAAGGAGAAUAAUUUGUAAACAACCAAAUCCCAUGCCUAAAGAAUCAUGUUUUCACAGUACAAUCAUUUCUUUUUGGAGUGAGGGGUUAUAUAUUAAAUGGUCAGGAUUAUUUUGAGACAAAAAUGAAGGUUAAUGGAAUGAAGCUUAGUAUUAAAUAGCUUGCAGACGUCUUUUUAACCUAUGAAAUGGUGGUCUGCUUUUACUAAUGGGACAGCUUGACCAGUGUAAUGAUUUUCAAGCUACAUAGACAGGCAACAUGCCAUAUAUAAUUGCAUAAUAUGUAAGAAAAAUAUCCAUUUUCCUAGCACUUUAUAAGACAAGUGUGUGCAGGUACCAGAUUAAUGAUGUUAGACUGGCUAGUUCUACUUGACAUUUUUUUUCUUAAAAUUUUAAUGUAUUGCUUUUCUACGUCUUAACUCUUAUAGCCUUGUGUGCGUAAUGACAAAUCAAUUAAAUUAUACCCCCAAAUAUUAAUAUAAAUGCUAGGCAAGACACAAGAAUUCCCCAGCGGGUCCAUUUUGCUGCCUCUGGUUUAGAAAAUCAACUUUGCAGCGGGCGCGAUGGUGGUGCCACUGUGAUAUACUCAGGUUUGUGUGGAUCGCUUCUUGCCUCGCCUUCCUGCAGCAGGUGUGGGAAGUGUGUGGUGUUGAGGUCAAAGGACCGGGCAGGUCCAUGUGACUGCUAAGGCGAGGCUGGACCAUCUAACAUAGGGGCUUUGGGGUCACGUCCACGCCUCCCUUCAUGGGUGGGGGACAAUACUGUGGUUUCUUUUUUUUUUUAUUUUUAUUUUUUAUUAUACUUUAGGUUUUAGGGUACAUGUGCACAAUGUGCAGGUUUGUUACAUAUGUAUCCAUGUGCCAUGUUGAUUUCCUGCACCCAUUAACUCGUCAUUUAGCAUUAGGUAUAUCUCCUAAUGCUGUCCCUCCCCCCUCUCCCAACCCCACAACAGUCCCCAGAGUGUGAUGUUCCCCUUCCUGUGUCCAUGAGUUCUCAUUGUUCAAUUCCCACCUAUGAGUGAGAACAUGCAGUGUUUGGUUUUUUGUCCUUGCGAUAGUUUACUGAGAAUGAUGUUUUCCAGUUUCAUCCAUGUCCCUACAAAGGACAUGAACUCAUCAUUUUUUAUGGCUGCAUAGUAUUCCAUGGUAUAUAUGUGCCACAUUUUCUUAAUCCAGUCUAUCGUUGUUGGACAUUUGGGUUGGUUCCAACUCUUUGCUAUUGUGAAUAGUGCCGCAAUAAAUAUACGUGUGCAUGUGUCUUUAUAGCAGUAUGAUUUAUAGUCCUUUGGGUAUAUACCCAGUAAUGGGAUGGCUGGGUCAAAUGGUAUUUCUAGUUGUAGAUCCCUGAGGAAUCGCCACACUGAUUUCCACAAUGGUUGAACUAGUUUACAGUCCCACCAACAGUGUAAAAGUGUUCCUAUUUCUCCACAUCCUCUCCAGCACCUGUUGUUUCCUGAUUUUUUGAUGAUGGCCAUUCUAACUGGUGUGAGAUGGUAUCUCACUGUGGUUUUGAUUUGCAUUUCUCUGAUGGCCAGUGAUGAUGAGCAUUUCUUCAUGUGUUUUUUGGCUGCAUAAAUGUCUUCUUUUGAGAAGUGUCUGUUCAUGUCCUUUGCCCACUUUUUGAUGGGGUUGUUUUUUUCUUGUAAAUUUGUUUGAGUUCAUUGUAGAUUCUGGAUAUUAGCCCUUUGUCAGAUGAGUAGGUUGCAAAAAUUUUCUCCCAUUCUGUAGGUUGCCUAUUCACUCUGAUGGUAGUUUCUUUUGCUGUGCAGAAGCUCUUUAGUUUAAUUAGAUCCCAUUUGUCAAUUUUGGCUUUUGUUGCCAUUGCAUUUGGUGUUUUAGACAUGUAUUGAUGGGACAUAUCUCAAAAUAAUAAGAGCUAUCUACGACAAACCCACAGCCAAUAUCAUACUGAAUGGGCAAAAACUGGAAGCAUUCCCUCUGAAAACUGGCAGAAGACACGGAUGCCCUCUCUCACCGCUCCUGUUCAACAUAGUGCUGGAAGUUCUGGCCAGAGCAAUCAGGCAGGAGAAGGAAAUAAAGGGUAUUCAAUUAGGAAAAGAGGAAGUCAAAUUGUCCCUGUUUGCAGAUGACAUGAUUGUAUAUCUAGAAAACCCCAUUGUCUCAGCCCAAAAUCUCCUUAAGCUGAUUAGCAACUUCAGCAAAGUCUCAGGAUACAAAAUCAAUGUACAAAAAUCACAAGCAUUCUUGUACACCAACAACAGACAAACAGAGCCAAAUCAUGAGUGAACUCCCAUUCACAAUUGCUUCAAAGAGAAUAAAAUACCUAGGAAUCCAACUUACAAGGGAUGUGAAGGACCUCUUCAAGGAGAACUACAAACCACUGCUCAGCGAAAUAAAAGAGGAUACAAACAAAUGGAAGAACAUUCCAUGCUCAUGGGUUGGAAGAAUCAAUAUCGUGAAAAUGGCCAUACUGCCCAAGGUAAUUUAUAGAUUCAAUGCCAUCCCCAUCAAGCUACCAAUGACUUUCUUCACAGAAUUGGAAAAAACUACUUUAAAGUUCAUAUGGAACCAAAAAAGAGCCCGCAUCGCCAAGUCAAUCCUAAGCCAAAAGAACAAAGCUGGAGGCAUCACGCUACCUGAUUUCAAACUAUACUACAAGGCUACAGUAACCAAAACAGCAUGGUACUGGUACCACAACAGAGACAUAGAUCAAUGGAACAGAACAGAGCCCUCAGAAAUGAUGCCACAUAUCUACAACUAUCUGAUCUUUGACAAACCUGACAAAAACAAGAAAUGGGGAAAGGAUUCCCUAUUUAAUAAAUGGUGCUGGGAAAACUGGCUAGCCAUAUGUAGAAAGCUGAAACUGGAUCCCUUCCUUACACCUUAUACAAAAAUUAAUUCAAGAUGGAUUAAAGACUUAAAUGUUAGACCUAAAACCAUUAAAAUCCUACAAGAAAACCUAGGCAAUACCAUUCAGGAAAUACUGUGGUUUCUCACAAGGACACGCCCAUCUGGAGAUAAAAGUGAGGCAUUGAAGGUGGAAUUUGCUUGUGGAUUCGGGCCUGGUUUGCUGGCCCCUCCAGGCGGCUGCCCCCACCCACCUGUUUUCCAGCUUGGCAGUGCUGAGCAGCGUGUCUCUGGGCAAACCCCGUCCGUGCCUGCGGAAGCCAGAGGGAGCCUCCUGUGCUCGGCGCUAACCGUGGAAGCGGCUUUCAGAGUCCUCGGAGGACCCUCUCCGGGGACCACAUGGCGACGGCCACUCCUAGCGCAAGGGCGUUUAUGAACUGCUUGAUAAAAAGGUCAGAGCGAUUUAAGCUACAACGGAAGGCCCUGCUGUGGCUGAAGACCCUUCUGAGGGAGAGAUAAGCCCGCUGUGAAAUUAGAAUGUCAGUCAGCGGGAAAAUGGGAUUCAGAACGCUUUAAAGCUGAAAAGCUCCUUAGAGACUUUGCAUCAGAAGCCCUCAUUUUCUAGUUGAGAAGACUGGAGCCGGUGAGAUGGAACAGGCCCUGCAGGGCAGAGCUGGGGCUGGACUCUCACACGCCUGGGUCCUGACUCUCGGGUCUUCCCACAACAUUGGUCUGCGUCAGGAGGCAGAGACUGGUUAGAUGUUCAGCUUUCUGUUCUGGGUACGCCUUUUGGGAACCUGUCCCCUGGGAUAGAAGCAAACAGAUUCCCCCAGUUAGGAGUGGAUCCAACCUCCUGAAGCUGAGAACGGGGAACCCCUGCCCCCAUAGCAUGCUUCUGAGGUUCAGAUGGGAGCAGCGGGAGAUUUGGAGGAAUAUAAGGAAGAAGCGGCAGCAACUAAAACCUCGGCAGGCAGUGGAGGCCUCUCUGCCCGGAGCCCGUUGCAGCAGGAAGCCCCAAAGCCACACGGAACAGUACCUCCUGCCCUCGGCCCCUUCCAGGGAAUCGAACCAGCUUCCCUGCCAACCUGGCCCUUGGCUGGAGCCCUGCUCUUCCCUGCCUUCUGCAGCCCCCCUCAAGCACCAGGCCUCUUACGGGUGGUAUUGUGGCCCCAACAAAGACAUGUCAAAGCCCUAACCUGUGGUACCUGUGAAUGUGGCCUUAUUCGGAAAUGAGAUCUUUGCAGAUGUCAUCAAGUUAAGAUGAGGUUGUACUGAUUUUAGGUGGGCCCUAAGCCCGUGAAUACUACCCUUACAAGAGGAGAAGAGACCCAGCAGAGACAGCGCAGGCGGAGAGAGGCAAUGUGAACACACACAGCGAGAAGGCCACGGACGGCAGAGGCAGCGAUCCGAGGGAUGCGUCCACAGCCAAAGGGUUCCAGGGCUCCCAGCACCCCUGGGAGCUGGGAGUGAGACCGGGAGCAGAUUCUGGAUUCUUCCCCAGAGCCUCCUGCCCUAGCACGGCCCUGUCGACGCCUGGAUUUUGGACCUGAGCCGUCCAGAACUGCGGGAGAAUACAUUUCUGUUGUUGUAAGCUGCCUGGCUUGGGGUAGUUUGUACCGCAGCUGAGAUAAACACAAUGGCCUUUAGAGUCCGCUCUGAGGCAGCCGUGGAGACUGCUCCCGCUGUCCAGGACUUGACCGCAGCAACCACCUGACCCGCCCUCAUCCCUCCCUCACCUCAUUCCCACUCGCGUCCAAAUCUACCCUCCUCACCCUGCGGCAAUGGCCUUGCGCAAACACACCUCUGAUCAUGGCCCCUGUGCUCAGCGAUGCUUGGAGGCCAGCGUGGCAGCCCAAUCACAACUGCCCGGCGUGGCCACGUGCCCUCCAUGGGCCCGCCUCAUUCCCUGGGCCUCCGCAGGCCCUCACGUCGCCGUGCCCACCCUUCGUUCUGCAGGGGCCCCUGUGGGGUCAGGUCUCAGCAUCCCCCCGCCUUCGUUUCUGUUAUCAGGGAGCCACUUGUUCCCUGUCUUGCUAGCAAAUAUCUGCCCAUGUUUUCACAUUCGAGCUGGCCCCCUUCUUGCUCUGUGAAGGCGUCCCUGCCCUCGUUCUGACCCUGGAGGGGCAGGUUCCUCUUGUCACCAUCCUCCUGCCCUGGACAUAGAUGUGUGAGCCCCUGUGCAGGCCCGUUGACCCUCACUGGGCCGCAUGCCCUGUGGUUCCCCAGGGAACGUUUGUGUCUGAAUAUCUGCUCAGCCUUGCUGUUUAAUCAGCCGCCAGGAGAGUGGGCGACAAGACGCAGACCACAGUAGCAUCAGAUACACCAUAGAAUGCUGUGUUGUUGAUGGAUUUCAUAAACAUAAAUCAGCAACCUUUAUGUUAAGCUGUUUUUUGGAAGGCAUGCUGGUUAUCAUUUGAAGGAAAUAAAUUGCUGCAGCAGACUUGUGCUUACAUAAGAAGCCAUUACAAAAAAAAAAAAAAAAAAAAAAUUAUAAAGGCACCGAAUUGUCCUACCCCCAGCUAGAAAUCCCAUCGAAAUGAUAUUAAACUUAAUUUUAGCAAUAUUUCUAUUAGAAUUAGAACAAUUACAGUGAAUACGAUUAAAAUAUACCUUCAUAUUAAUAUAUAUGCUACAUUGUUUCGUUACCAGUGAUGCAGUGAAUGUUCUGGGUAGAAAAACCAACCAGCACAUAUUUUGGGAUGCUUUAUCUAGCUUGUGAGGUGAUACGCGGUAGAUUUAGCAAAGCAAGCAGAAUGUAUUUUCCCAGACAUUAGAGGGUGUUAUUUGCAGUUUCAUCUCCAUAUUUUCUGAUACUUUUCUACAGUAGAAGCAAAGUUAGCAUUGAAAGCUGGGAGUCUUUCUUCUGAUGGUUUAGGAGAAGCUCAUGAUUUGGUUCGUUUAUUCUUUUGUUUUGUUUUGUUUUUUUGAGACAGAGUCUCAUUCUGUUGCCCAGGCUGGAGUGCAGUGGUGCGGUCUUGGCUCACUGCAACCUCUGCCUCCCAGGUUCAAGCAAUUCUCUUGCCUCAGCCUCCCAAGUAGCUGGGACUACAGGUCGGGCCUGGUUAGUACUCGGAUGGGAGACCGUUUAUUCAUUUUAUAAGCAAUUGUAAUAAAGACACAUGGGGAUGUGCAGUGACCUGGUUCUGCCCCGCAGAACUGCUCAGCAUGUUUGGGAGGAAAGAUGCAUUCGGAAACCUCUCUCCAACUUCUCCUUGGCCACUGUGUGAGUGUCUUGAUGUCACUCCAAAUCAGCAUGGGAAGGCCAGCAAUGGGGUCUGGGUGGGGAAACUGUGCUUGUGCUGGACACUGAAGGAUGCGGAGUCUGGAGCUGCUGCAGCAGAGAGGGCUGGCACUGAGCAAGCCCCGGCAGGUGGGCAGAUGGGGGCAGGGGGGUCGGUAGGUCUCCUUGAGAUGCCACAUUUGCAGGCUUCAGAAGUUGAACUUGAAAUCCAUCUUUGGAAAAUCGUCUUGCAAGCAGGUACUAAAGAAAUAAUUACCCUGCCCUUGGGGGGCCCUGAGGAAUGAGGAGAGGGAACCUGGAGGAGGGAUUUUGUAAAACACUUUAGCUCAUGCAGUUGUAUAAAAUCCAGUGGAAGUGGAGGGGAAGAGGAGAUGUUCGUUCUUACAGUUGCUUUUUCAAAAAGCUCUUUUACAUCAUUUAUGUCAUUUCAGAGAUGUACGAGCCCAAGCCCGCUCCAUCACUAUUGAACAUGGAGUGGGUGGAGUGAAGGGCACAGAGGUAACACAUGACUUUGAGAUGUUUGGACUGGGACCUAAGGACAAUGAUGAUGUCACUGACUGGUGGGGGCAUUGGUGGGAGAAACGAUGAGGCGUGAAUCUGGACAUGGCCACACUCAAGCCCUGCUCUUCCUGAGUUCAACUGGGAAAAAUGCAUUAGACAACGUGGUAGUGUAAAGGAAGUUUCCAGGGGCUUUGUGUAGGGAUUUGGUGGUAGAAGAUCAGAAGUUUUGUCUAAUUUAUCUAAACCAAAUUUUAUAAGGCAAAGAUAGAGCCUAUAGAAAGAAGCAGUUUAAUUUCACAGUUGGGAAACUGAAGUUGUUGUAAUUUUUGGGUUCAAUUAGAUUGGAAAGUUUACUAUACAGAGUAUCUUUCCCUUUCCUCCUCCCUCCCUCCCUCCUUUUCUCCUUCCUUCCCUCCACUCACCCUUCCUUUCUUCCAUCCGUCCGUCCAUCCAUCCAUCCAUCCAUCCGUCCAUCCGUCCAUCCAUCCAUCCACUUUUGUACUGGCUGGAAAAUGAGCCUAUACAUUUAGAGUGUUUGCAUGUAUCUCCCAUAGUUUCUGAAGUGAAAAAAAAAAGACUCAGGGAAAACAGCAUGUUGCCUGGCAGAACUGGCGGCUUCUGUUCAGAAGGCAGAAGGGCAAAGUAACUGAGGUUCCUGUGUGGUGUUUUCUUCCUCUGUGUGCAGCCAGCCCUCUUGAUUCUUCAUCUCUAGGGGCUUCACAUAGCUGGGGCAGCCCCAUCCUUCAGAAGUGUCGUCUUGGCUAUAACUGGUCCAUUUAACAUGCAUGCCAAGCACCGAUAGGGCUACAAAGAGCUAUGGUCCUGCUUGUGGAUUUGCAGACUGAGUAUCUGGUCAAAAAAGAAGGCAUGAGAGAUAUUCCAAGAUGCCUGCAAGGCCAGCCAGCCCUGGCUGAUCCCCUCCUGUGUACCUACAGAUUCACCGUCAUGACCUGUGUUUUGCACCACUUUCAGAGCAUGGGAUUUGGGACUCCUCCCCAGUACAGGCUGUCAGCUGGAGUUCUGUCGUGUUUCCAUAUUUCACAUGGAGUGAUGAAUAUGCUGGAGAUGUGGGAUCUAUGGAGAGCGCUGGGCUUCUUCCAGUUGCCACAUCUGUUGUCCCCAAGAACCAGUGUGCUCUGCAGCUUGACAAAACCUCUUUUCCCUGGUUCUCCAUGCCUUAGCCCACCACCCUUCCUAAAAUCUGUCCCUUGGGGCAUCCAUCUUCUGUAUAGCUCUAUCUUGCCACCUCCUGAAACCACAUCUGCUCUCCCUUCUC